AUGGAAGUCGACAAGAUCGAGGCCAUCAACGCGGCUGUCCCGUCAGGCGUUCCCAUCCCGACUGGCCCUACCAAGGAUCGUCAGUUCACAAAGUUCAACACCUUUAAGUAUUACCGCAAGAGCACGAAGCCCAGCGACGCGGUCUACAUCAGCCGCCGCGAGAAGAAGGAGAGCUUCCGCCAUCUGCGCAGAAAUGCAAUCUCAGGACCCAGCACUGGACCCAGACCAGGCAGCGGAACGGACUGGUACGACGUCCCAUCCUCGAUGCUCACCGCCGGGGACAAGCUCUUGAUCGCGACCAACCGUCUUCCGACCAUCGUCCACAUCGUCUUUAAGACCGGCUUCUCAUUUACGCCCCUUGACUUCAUGACCAAGGAGGCCGCCAUCGAUGUCUGCCGCUAUCUCGAGCUUGAGGGCAAGCUCUCAAACUUCCAAGGUGAAGGUGGCCGCAUCGCCGACUUCAUGCGUAUGAUCCUGAACGAGUGCGAGCGAUUCAAGUACCAGUACACCGACAAGAACCUUUUCAAGGAGAUGCCCAAGCAGAGAGGCUUCAUGCCCGGCUUCUGGGUGAACAUUGCCCACGAGGUCUCCAUCAAGCAGACCAUUGCCAAGGGCAAGCCCGCCGAGACUUGGGCCGACGAUAUCAUCAAGACUACUACUUGCGAGGAGAUGCUCAAGGCCUUCGUCCGAGCUCGCAAGGCAUACUUGCAAGAGAUGGCCAAGGAGGGCGAGAGUGAUGCUAAUGGUGAAGAUGGCGGCGCUGUCAGUGGUUUCAGCGUCUUCGAGGACACAUACACAAAGAAGAUGGUUGGCUUGAUCCGGGCUAUUGAUAACUGGAUCGCUUUCAGCGAGGAGAACGUGGAGAAGCGCGAGGCUAAGGAACUCGCGCUCGCCAUUGAUCGCUUUCAGAUGUAA